AUGAAAAUCAUCAGUUGGAAUUGUAGAGGGUUAGAGAAUCCCUCUACAUCUCGAGCCUUUCUAAGGCUCGCACACUUGGAAAAUCCUAAUGUGGUAUUCCUUAUGGAGACAAGACUCAAAACAAUUGAAGUAGAAGGUUUUAUAUUAAAAUGCAAUUUCAACAAUGGUUUUGGUGAGGAUUGUAAUGUACAAGGAAAGGAUAGAGCUAGGGGGCUUGCGCUUAUGUGGAGGGACACAAUUGAUAUUUCGAUUAUCUCUUACUCCCUGAAUCACGUAGGGGGAAAUUUUGUUGAUGAAUUUAGUGGUGGUAUUGUCGCGUUUGUAGGUUUCUAUGGCCACCUCGAGGAUCACAAAAAAAAAGACUUUCUUGGCAGUUGUUGA